CCUACAGGUUCACAUAAGGUUAGUGAGUUGUUGAUUGAUGAUUUAGUAAUUACCGGGUUUUAACGGGUUACACCACAUCACACCUACCCUAAUAUCAUGCAUUUUUAUAUGUAUUUAACAUUAAUUAAAAAUUGUCAAAACUAACACCAUAAAUAGAAAAGUUUGUGCUAAAUCAUCCUCCAUUCUAAGCAUAAUACAUGUGACAUAUUUUAAAAACAAAAAAACAUUUUCAUGUCUUUAUAAAAUUCCAGAAACCCUUUUUUCCUUGAAUCAAGUUUCUCUUUGAAUAUUCAUGUGUCCCCACUCCCCAUGCUUCUUAAUAUUCCCUUACCCUUGUAGAAGGACCAAACUGUCACACAACAAAAAGUAAGGCCCUUUACUACAAUUUAGGCACACAUCAAAAGAUCCCACAUAUACAUUAUGCAUUGAGAAUUAUGCAUUGAGUACUUGUACGUUUAGACUACACUACUGAUUGGAGCUACAGAUAUUAUAUCAUAUCCAUAUAUACACUCGCAUCAACAUUCAACUAAUAUCUUCUCCAGCAACCGACGAUCAAGAUGAAUCGCCACCUGCUUAUUCUGUUCGCUCUCUCGAUAAUCGCAGCGGUCAACGGUCGCGAACUGACGGAGGAUCUCAUCCGGUUGCCAUCGGAAAAGUUUGACUUUUCCGACGAUGACUCCGUUGGUACCAGAUGGGCGAUAUUGAUCGCCGGAUCUAACGGUUACUCCAACUACAGGCAUCAGGCAGAUGUAUGUCAUGCAUAUCAAAUAUUGAAAACCGGUGGCCUUAAGGAUGAAAAUAUAGUUGUUUUCAUGUAUGAUGACAUCGCGUAUAAUCCGGAGAAUCCCAGGCAAGGAGUCAUUAUUAACAGCCCGGAUGGUGAUGAUGUGUAUCAUGGAGUCCCAAAGGAUUACACUGGGGACGAUGUGAAUGUUGACAACUUUUUUGCUGUUUUGCUUGGAGAUAAAAGUAAAGUCAAAGGGGGAAGUGGAAAGGUAGUGGAUAGCGGUCCAAAUGAUCGUAUUUUCAUCUACUACACUGACCAUGGUGGUCCUGGUGUGCUCGGGAUGCCAACAUAUCCUUAUCUGUAUGCAAAUGAUCUUAAUGAGGUCUUGAAACAAAAGAAUGCUUCUAGAACCUACAAAAGCUUGGUAUUUUACCUUGAAGCUUGUGAGUCUGGAAGUAUAUUUGACGGUCUUCUUCCUCAAGGUUUGAAUAUUUAUGCAACCACAGCCUCUAACCCGUACGAAAACAGUUGGGGCACCUAUUGCCCUGGGGAUUAUCCUAGCCCACCCCCGGAGUAUGACACCUGUUUGGGUGACUUGUAUAGCGUCGCUUGGAUGGAAGAUUGUGAUGUUCACAACCUGCGAACAGAAACUAUCAAGCAGCAGUAUAAACUCGUUAAGGAAAGAACCUCAGGUGGCAACUAUUAUUAUGGAUCCCAUGUGAUGCAAUAUGGGGACUUGCCACUCAGCACAGAUAAUCUUUACGUGUAUAUGGGUACAAACCCUGCGAACGAAAAUUUCACUUUUAGCGAAGAAAACUCCCUAUUUCGAUCACCAAAAGCUGUUAAUCAGCGUGACGCUGAUCUUUUACAUUUCUGGCAUAAGUACCGGAAGGCUCCAGAAGGUUCUGAUAAGAAAACCGAAGCUCAGGAAAAGUUUACGGAAGCCAUGUCUCAUAGAAUGCACAUAGACAGCAGUAUACAACUCAUUGGCAAGCUUUUGUUUGGAUUGGAAAAGGGUCCUGAGGUGCUAAAAACCGUUCGAUCUGCCGGGAAACCUCUAGUUGAUGACUGGACCUGCCUUAAAACAUUUGUGAGGACGUUCGAGACACAUUGUGGAUCUCUAUCGCAAUAUGGCAUGAAACACAUGCGAUCCAUUGCUAAUUUGUGCAACGCUGGAGUCACAAAUGAGCAGAUGGCUGCUGCAUCAUCACAGGCAUGCACCACCUUCCCCUCAAACCCUUGGAGUUCACUUAGCCGCGGUUUCACAGCAUAAUGUUUUUGAUUCUUCAAAGAGUGAUCGACCCGUAUGCUUAAAUUCGCCAAAUAUCAUAUAUUUGUUGCUAGUCUUUAACUUCAUUAUAUAAACAUAUAUAUCGUCUGUAUGUAAUGCUAUAAUCAGUUACAUGUAUGUGCAUAUGUAUAUUAAGAAAUUAGUUGCAGUGGUUCUACGUUGUUGAA